GGUGGAGCCACUGGCUGGCGUCUUGUCGGUCACGUGGGGGUCUGAGGAACAGUAGAGAAAGUGGUAUCUACAUUCCCAUUAACCGCAAAUUCAUGGAAACAAGCAGCUGCACUGUGAUUUCUCCUCGACGAACGAUCAGAUGAAAUUACAUCAGUUUUUUCUUCCGUGGGGCAAAGUGCUUUAACGAAGACUGCUUUUAAGUCACAGCGGUCAGCAGUGAUUAAGAAAAGAAAUGCGGCUGUUUACAGACAUUAUAUGGUGGAAAACAGGUUUACUCACUGUGACAUUUCGCGUUUUUUCCCUCUGCUGUAUUCUCUUGUCUUGAGGUGGCUGUCUUUUAGACACGGCGUUCCGUUGUCUCUGCAUCCUCUAGCAUGAACUUGUAGCGUUGACGCCAGUAUAAAAGCUACCUGCGAGGACGUGGGCAGUCCGCCAUGAAAAUGAUGCAUCAUGGAAUGUGAGCGUCUAAACUUUAAGCAACAAUUCCACGCCGCGGAGAGUAAAAACAUGGAGGUGAGGCAAUAACCGACUGAGGCUGAUGAAAAAGAGCCUCCCUCAGCUCGUUUUUUGUUUUUUUUGGUGAAUGUUUGACUCUGCUGGUCGUGGCCGACACACGCAUCCAAAGGACCUGCAGGGGGACGGGACGUCAGUGUGUGUGGUGAUGCUUCUUCUCUAUUUUUUUUCUGGUGUCAGUUUUGGUUUCUCCAACAAGGUCUGCGCUAUUCCGCAAUGGCUCGAUUUGAAGACGAACUGUCCAGCCGCUAUGGAGGCGGCUGUCCCGCGGCCCCUGCCAGGGGGGGCAGCCGGCAGCCAGGGCCUCCGGGUGGCCAGAGGAUGUACAAGCAGACGAUGGCCCAGAGAGCCAGGACCAUGGCCAUUUACAACCCAAUUCCAGUCAAACAGAACUGCCUCACCGUCAACCGCUCUUUGUUCAUCUUCAGCGAAGAUAAUGUAAUACGGAAAUAUGCCAAAAAGAUCACCGAAUGGCCUCCAUUUGAGUACAUGAUCUUGGCUACUAUUAUAGCAAACUGCAUUGUGCUGGCCUUGGAACAACACCUACCGGCCUCAGACAAAACCCCAAUGUCAGAGCGUUUGGAUGACACAGAGCCCUACUUUAUUGGAAUAUUUUGCUUUGAGGCUGGCAUCAAGAUCAUUGCCCUGGGCUUUGCGUUCCACAAAGGCUCCUACCUGCGUAAUGGCUGGAAUGUAAUGGACUUUGUGGUGGUCCUAACAGGGAUCCUGGCCACUGUGGGGGCUGACUUUGAUCUGAGAACAUUGAGGGCGGUGAGAGUGCUGCGACCACUCAAACUUGUCUCCGGGAUCCCAAGUCUUCAGGUGGUUUUAAAGUCCAUCAUGAAAGCUAUGGUACCACUGUUGCAGAUUGGCCUGCUGCUUUUCUUUGCCAUCCUCAUGUUUGCCAUCAUCGGCCUUGACUUCUACAUGGGGAAAUUUCAUCGCACCUGUUUCCGGAUUAACACAAGUGAGCAGACGGCAGAUUUCCCCUGUGGCUAUGAAGCUCCAGCAAGGACCUGUGCCAACGGCACUGUCUGUAGGGAGUAUUGGAUCGGACCCAAUUUUGGCAUUACCAAUUUUGACAACAUCCUCUUCGCUGUUCUCACCGUUUUCCAGUGUAUUACAAUGGAGGGAUGGGUGGAUAUCCUCUACAAUGCCAAUGAUGCCUCAGGGAACAUGUGGAACUGGCUGUACUUCAUCCCUCUCAUCAUCAUCGGCUCUUUCUUCAUGCUCAACCUGGUGCUAGGUGUGCUGUCAGGGGAAUUUGCGAAGGAGAGAGAGCGUGUGGAGAAGAGGCAAGAAUUCUUGAAGCUUCGCCGACAACAGCAAAUAGAGAGAGAGUUAACUGGGUACCUGGAGUGGAUCUGCAAAGCGGAAGAAGUGAUGCUCGCUGAGGAAGACAAGAACGCAGAAGAGAAAUCUUUGGAUGGAGCAUGGUACAAACGAAAACACAACAACUCUGUGCUAAAACGGACCAGGAAGAGUAAGAAUGAUCUCAUCAAUGCAGAGGAAGGGGAGGACCACUUUACUGACAUCUCAUCUGUUGGGUCGCCAUAUGCUCGGGCAAGUGUGAAGAGCAAGAAUGAGAGUUCAUCUUACUUCAGGAGGAAAGAGAAGAGGAUUCGCUUCACCAUCCGGCGUCUGGUUAAAUCCCAGAGCUUCUACUGGACAGUGUUAUGUCUGGUUGGCCUAAAUACACUGUGUGUAGCUAUAGUACACUAUGACCAGCCUGAGUGGCUUACCUAUGCACUAUACCUUGCGGAGUUUGUAUUUUUGGGCCUGUUCCUGGUGGAGAUGUCCAUGAAAAUGUAUGGUCUUGGACCCCAGAACUACUUUCACUCCUCUUUCAACUGUUUUGACUUCGGGGUGAUCAUUGGCAGUAUUUUUGAGGUGGUCUGGGCAGCCAUGAAGCCCGGGGCUUCAUUUGGAAUCAGUGUCCUGCGAGCACUGAGGCUGCUCCGGAUCUUCAAAGUCACCAAGUACUGGAACUCAUUAAGGAACCUUGUGGUAUCCCUACUCAACUCCAUGAAGUCCAUUAUUAGCCUGCUGUUUUUGCUCUUCCUCUUCAUCGUGGUCUUUGCUCUGCUGGGUAUGCAGCUCUUUGGUGGCCAUGUAACUACCGCCCAGCCCCCUCAGCUCAGUGCUGUGCAGAGGGGGGAGGGGCGCAAACGCAAGGCUCUGUUUGCCGUCUCUGCUCAGCGCAAACACAAGGGUCACUUGCAGCAUGAAGAUGAAGAGGAGCAAGAGGAGGCUAUUAAUAAGAAACUUGCCCUCCAGAAGGCCAAGGAGGUAAAGGAAGUCAGCCCCAUGUCAGCCGCUAACAUUUCCAUCACAGCGAGUUAUGUCUGCACCCCAGUCCAUCACUACCUGAGUAAGGAGCAGCAGAGGUCAGUGAAGACAAUGUCGGUGUGGGAACAAAGAGCCAGCCAACUGAGAAAACAGAACCACGCAAGCUGUGAGGCGCUGUACAGUGAGCUAACUUCAGAAGAGCGACUGCACAUAUCGUCAGCCCUACACAUGCGGCCAGACAUGAAGACUCACCUUGACCGGCCGUUGGUUGUUGAGCCCCACAGUGGCAGCAGCCAGCACCACCACAAGAAGACUUGCUUGUCAGAGAAGGCUGACACUGCCACGGACCCACCUCCCUCUGUGCCUCACCAGCCCCGCCAUCACCACUACCACCGAGACAGAGAACGAAAACAGGAAACCAAUGAUAAUGGUGAUAGCACUAAAGAUGGGAGACAUCACAUCCAUCACAGCCGCUCCAAAAACCAUGACAGCAGCCGGGACAAACGGGGGAAGAGUGAGAGGUCCCACAGCCGGGAGGGAGGCAGGAACCACCGCCAUCAGUGUUCAGUGGAUGACAGUGCAGGUUGGGGGAACGUAGGCGAGAGAGAUCACCACCAUCAUCAUUCACACCGGCAGUCCCGAGGUGGCAACGGGACAGUGAGUAGUGGAGGGAGGGGAGAGCGAAGAUCUCGCCACAAAGAUGGACAUUUGUCUAACAGGAAUGGAGAUAGGAAUUCCAGAGGAGUCAGUGGUGCCAGUGGAGAGAGAAGGCAUCGCAUUCACGCAUCCAGGGGACACUCCACAGAGUCUAAUAACAGAGAGAAGACCCAUAGUCAGAGGUUUGGCGAUUCAGAGGGUGAGUCCUUGGCUAUCACCCCCCAGCAAGGCUCUGGGGGCACUAGCUGGCCUCCUGAUCAUAUAGAAGACUCAGAUAACCAGAGGAAUGUCAGACGAACUAGGCAAACCUCCAUCCAGAUUCCUCCUGUGACUAUCACCUCCCCACCUGGAGAGACCACCCUAAUACAAAGUGAUCCAGUGAACAGUAUUGAUUGUGAAACAGUGCCCAUAAAUGAGAAGACCCUGGAGGAUCUAGGCCCAAGUGGGCCUAAACCCAUCCUGCCUUACAGUUCAAUGUUCAUCUUUGGACAGACCAAUCCGGUGAGGCGGUUGUGUCACUAUAUUGUGACUCUGCGUUAUUUUGAGAUGUCCAUCCUGGUUGUCAUUGCGAUGAGCAGUAUUGCUCUGGCAGCAGAGGACCCUGUCUGGACUAAUGCACCCCGCAACAAUGUGCUCAAAUAUCUGGACUAUGCCUUUACUGGUGUUUUCACUUUUGAAAUGGUGAUCAAGAUGGUAGACCUGGGGCUAUUGCUUCAUCCUGGAUCCUACUUCAGAGACCUGUGGAACAUCCUGGACUUCAUAGUGGUCAGUGGGGCACUGGUGGCAUUUGCUUUUUCGAGCUUCAUGGGGGGAACCAAAGGCAAGGACAUCAGCACUAUCAAGUCAUUGAGGGUUCUUCGAGUUCUCAGGCCUCUGAAGACCAUCAAGCGCCUGCCAAAACUCAAGGCGGUGUUUGACUGUGUGGUUAACUCUCUGAAGAAUGUGCUGAACAUCCUCAUUGUUUACAUCCUCUUCAUGUUUAUCUUUGCCGUCAUCGCAGUUCAGCUCUUCAAGGGGAAAUUCUUUUAUUGCACUGAUGAGUCCAAAGGCCUGGAGAAAGACUGCAAAGGACAAUUCCUAGAUUAUGACAAAGACGAGGUGGCCGCCAUGCCCAGAGAGUGGAAAAAGUAUGAGUUCCAUUAUGACAAUGUGCUGUGGGCUUUUUUGACCCUCUUCACUGUCUCGACCGGGGAGGGCUGGCCAACUGUUCUGAAGCACUCCGUGGAUGCUACCUUUGAAGACCAGGGUCCCAGUCCAGGCUAUCGGAUAGAAAUGUCAAUCUUCUACGUGGUCUACUUUGUCGUUUUCCCUUUCUUCUUUGUCAACAUCUUUGUUGCUCUAAUCAUCAUCACCUUCCAGGAACAAGGAGACAAGGCCUUGUCUGAGUGCAGCCUGGAAAAAAAUGAGAGGGCAUGUAUUGACUUUGCCAUAAACGCCAAACCGCUAACACGUUACAUGCCUGAGAACACACAGUCCUUCCAGUACAGGAUGUGGAAGUUUGUGGUAUCAGCUCCAUUUGAGUACUCCAUCAUGAUCAUGAUUGCUCUCAACACCGUGGUACUCAUGAUGAAGUUCUAUGGAGCUCCAGAGUUCUAUGAAGUAAUGCUAAAGAACCUCAACAUAGUGUUCACCACUCUCUUCUCUCUGGAAUGUAUUCUCAAGAUCAUUGCUUUUGGGCCAUUGAACUACCUAAAGGAUGCUUGGAAUGUGUUUGACUUUGUGACAGUGUUGGGAAGCAUUACUGACAUCCUGGUGACGGAAAUCAAUACUACGGACAGGCUGCUCAACUUGAGCUUUCUGAGGCUCUUUAGAGCUGCUCGACUCAUAAAGCUGCUGAGGCAGGGAUACACCAUUCGCAUUUUGCUGUGGACCUUUGUUCAGUCUUUUAAGGCCCUGCCUUAUGUUUGUCUACUGAUUGCCAUGCUGUUCUUUAUCUACGCCAUCAUUGGAAUGCAGGUGUUUGGCAACAUUGAGCUGAAUGAGGAUACAGCUAUAAAUCACCACAACAACUUCCGCACAUUCCUUCAGGCUCUCAUGCUACUGUUCAGGAGUGCAACUGGAGAGGCUUGGCAUGAGAUCAUGUUAUCGUGCUUGAGUCACCGUACAUGUGAUGAGCGAUCAGGGACCCACGGAAAAGAGUGUGGCAGCGAUUUUGCCUAUUUCUACUUUGUCUCUUUCAUUUUUCUCUGCUCUUUCCUGAUGCUGAACCUGUUUGUGGCUGUCAUAAUGGAUAACUUUGAGUAUCUGACCAGAGACUCGUCCAUCCUGGGGCCUCAUCACCUCGAUGAGUUUAUCCGGGUUUGGGCUGAGUAUGACCCAGCUGCGUGUGGCCGUAUCAAGUACCGCGAUAUGUAUCAGAUGCUGCUCCACAUGUCCCCACCCUUAGGUUUGGGAAAGAAAUGUCCGCCAAGAGUCGCCUACAAGCGCCUCGUCAAAAUGAAUAUGCCUAUUGCUGAUGACAACACAGUUCACUUUACCUCCACUCUGAUGGCACUGAUUCGCACAGCACUGGAGAUCAAGUUGGCGUCAGGAAUGGUAGCCCAGCGAUUAUGUGAUGCAGAGUUAAAAAAGGAAUUGUCCACAGUUUGGCCCAACCUUUCCCAAAAGACCAUGGACCUGUUGGUCACACCACAUAAACCCAAUGAGCUCACAGUAGGGAAGGUUUAUGCAGCCUUGAUGAUCUUUGACUACUAUAAGCAGAAUCGAGCUAGGAGACUGCAGCAGCAACAGAGCGCUUUGGGCUCCCAGUGCAAGGUCGGGGCUCUAUUUAAGCCAUUGCUGCCUCUGACUCACAUACAGGAGAAAGACCUCCCUAAGAUGUUAAACAGUGUGGAGCCUCCCAGCAUGCUUAGGUACCAGCCUAAAUCCCAUGCCAAGUCUCAUCCACAGACCAGACCUAGCUCCAACUCCCUCAACAAUGGAGGCACUCUGCCAAGUCAAGAUCACACCAUCAAGCCAUCAUCUUCCUGGGUGAUUGAUAAACCCAAAGAAGUGCCAUGGGCUAAGAAUAAGAGAACGAUGUCCCGGGGCCCAUCUGAGGACACUUCAGACACUGCCAUCAAUCAGGAGUCGGUAGAGAUGAAGAAGAUGGAGACCAGUGUGAGCAGUAGAAUUCCAUUCACUGGCUCCGGUCUGGAAAACCAGGGCCGAGCUGCUUCGAUGCCUAGACUCAAUACUGAGCUGCAGCGGAGCCAUUCACGCCACUCUCCAGGGAUUCAUCUAGCUUCUGUCCCUGAUGCCAGCCCUAUGAAGCGCUCAGCCUCAACUGUGACCCCACAGCGGCCCCAAGAGGUCAACUUAAGAGACUACACCCUGGAAAAACCAAGCCAGGAGAGAACCCACCACCAUCACCAUCACCAUCACCGUCGCUGCCACCACCGUAGAGACCGAGACAGAGAUAGAGACAGAGAGAACAGACAGAGGUCUUUAGAUGCACCUUUGGCAGGUCAACCACCCGGUUCUGCUGGUAAAAGUACCCACUUGGCUACACCACCAGUUUUCACGCCAAAGGAGGGUAUUGCAAAUGUUCGAGGGAAGAAUAUCACCAAAAAGUGGGAAAGAAACAGAGUGGAGUUCUAG